AUGGAGUUUGAUCCUAUGAAUCCACUCGAAACUAGUGAAGAAUAUUACGACGACUACGUAACGCUCUUCCUAGAUCAACCAGACUACAUGCCAGCUAUGGGUUACUCCAAAAGAUUCAACACCACAGAAAGAAAACAAGUAUAUGAUAACAUCAUCAGUAAUUCGCGUAAAAUUGAUGAUCCAUUCAUGUCCUUCAUCGCCAUGAAUCACUUUGAUCAAUACAUUUCAAGGCAACCGCCAUUGAACUUGAAAGAUCUUGACAUAGACCUAUCUGCUAGAAGCUGCUUCAAACUUGCUGACAAGAUGUUAAGCUCUGGCACUUCCACAAAUGCACUUCGAUCCAAGAACAAAAAUGUGAAGUAUACAGAAGAUCAAAUUAUGGGUGUGCUGGAAGGGAAAACGCGCCUAAUAACAGUUUUAUACUUCCUGGAACUUUAA